CCCUUUAAACGUCGUCGUUUCUUAGUGUCACCGAUCGCGCUGUGACGUUAAGUAAUAAGCUGAAAGCUCUUGAAUGCUGUCCUUAGCUUACUCUCUCUCUCUCUUUAGCUUCCCUGAGAAGUCGGUCAGGAUUUGAAUUCUCAUGUUCUUUCUCACGACGAACUUCAAAUCCUAGGCUGAGAAUUCCGACUGUUGACUCGAUGAAGUAAGAGAAUUAAGACUGUGUUCUCGAUGAAAUAUGAAACUGGAAUUCAUCGAUUUACUGUUCCUCCUCUCCUGAAGAAAACUGCUUGUCGGAGAAGAUUCCGGAAUACUGAAACCAUGACCGAUCAUCUCCCUUUGGUCUCUCACUGGUCUCGAGGAAAGAAAUAAUUGCCACUCUGAGCUUCCGAGUCCCCGAGAUUUUCCAUUUCCGAGUUCGAUUGCUGAAUCUCUCUUCUUAGUUCGGUGCGAAAACCGAUGUCGUCGAAGGUGGUUUAUGAAGGGUGGAUGGUCCGCUACGGGCGGAGAAAGAUCGGCCGCUCGUUCAUCCACAUGCGUUAUUUCGUGCUCGGGUCUCGUUUGCUCGCUUACUACAAGAGAAAGCCUCAGGUCAAUCAGGUUCCGAUUAAAACCAUGGUAAUUGAUGGAAACUGUAGAGUGGAGGAUCGUGGCCUGAAGACCCACCAUGGACAUAUGGUCUAUGUUUUGUGUGUAUACAACAAGAAAGAGAAGCACCAUCGAAUAACGAUGGCAGCAUUCAACAUCCAAGAGGCAUUGGUUUGGAAGGAGAAGAUUGAGGUUGUUAUUGAUCAGCAUCAGGGAUCACAAGUGGCAAACGGGAACAAAUAUGUUUCUUUUGAAUAUAAAUCUGGGAUGGAUAAUGGAAGGACUGCUUCCUCAUCCGACCAUGAAAGUCAGUUCAGUGCACAGGAGGACGAAGAAGAUGCUAAUCCGGAUUUGAUGCGGAGAACCACAAUUGGAAAUGUGGCAGGUCCUCCAGAGUCGGUGUUUGACUGGACAAGGGAAUUCGACUCAGAAUUAUCGAAUCAGAAUACCAGCAAUCAAGCAUUUUCCAGAAAGCAUUGGCGUCUUCUCCAAUCCCAAAAUGGUCUUCGCAUUUUUGAAGAACUUCUGGAAGUUGAUUACCUUCCAAGGAGCUGUAGUAGAGCAAUGAAAGCUGUUGGUGUUGUGGAGGGUACCUGUGAAGAAAUAUUUGAACUCAUUAUGAGCAUGGGUGGGACACGGUUUGAGUGGGACUGCAGUUUCCAGGAUGGUAGCUUAGUUGAGGAGGUGGAUGGACAUACAGCAAUACUUUAUCACAGACUUCAGCUGGACUGGUUCCCAAUCUUUGUGUGGCCUCGCGAUCUUUGUUAUGUGCGAUAUUGGCGCCGAAAUGAUGAUGGAAGUUAUGUUGUCUUAUUUCGUUCAAGGGAGCACGAGAACUGUGGCCCACGACCUGGAUAUGUACGAGCGCAUAUUGAGAGUGGAGGAUUCAACAUUUCCCCUCUAAAACCUCGAAAUGGGAGGCCUAGGGCACAGGUGCAGCAUCUUAUGCAGAUUGAUCUUAAAGGAUGGGGUGUGGGAUAUAUAUCAUCAUUUCAGCAGCAUUGUCUACUUCAGAUGAUAAAUAGUGUUGCUGGACUUCGUGAAUGGUUUGCCCAAACAGAUGAGAGGAACGUUCCUGCAAGAAUCCCUGCAAUGGUUAAUAUGACCUCAGCUUCUGUCUCCUCAGAGAAGGGUGAGAAGCUGGGUUCUGUUCAUCCUAGCGCACCUUCUGAUCAAAUAAAUGCUGCAAACAGAAAUUCAGUGAUGAUGGAAGAAUACUCUGACGAGGAUGAGGAAUUUCAAAUUGCUGAGGCUGAACAAGAGGUAGAUCCAUCUGGGCUUGAGGGUGAUUUCAAGAGAACAGCCUUGGAAGAAGAACCAGUGGACCAAAUUGAUUUAUCCUGUUUUUCGGGUAAUCUUCGCCGUGAUGACCGUGAUAAGGCACGUGACUGCUGGAAAAUUUCAGAUGGAAACAACUUUAGAGUCCGGAGCAUGCAUUUUUGUUAUGACAAAACAAAGAUUCCUGCAGGGAAGCAUAUUAUGGAUCUGGUUGCCGUUGAUUGGUUCAAGGACACCAAAAGAAUGGACCAUGUUGCUAGGCGUCAAGGAUGUGCAGCCCAAGUUGCUUCAGAAAAGGGGCUUUUCUCCAUGAUCAUAAAUUUACAAGUACCUGCGUCAACACACUACAGUAUGGUAUUUUAUUUUGUUAUGAAGGAUUUAGUACCUGGAUCCCUCUUGCAAAGAUUUGUUGAUGGUGAUGAUGAAUUCCGCAAUAGUAGGCUGAAGCUCAUCCCAUCAGUUCCCAAGGGCUCAUGGAUUGUGCGCCAGAGUGUUGGGAGCACCCCAUGUUUAUUGGGGAAAGCAGUUGAUUGCAACUAUAUCCGUGGUCCCAAGUACUUGGAGAUUGAUGUGGACAUUGGUUCUUCAACUGUUGCUAAUGGUGUUUUGGGGCUUGUAAUUGGUGUAAUCACAUCAUUGGUGGUAGACAUGGCUUUCCUUGUACAGGCAAAUACCCCUGAAGAAUUGCCGGAGCGACUGAUUGGUGCUGUCCGCGUUUCUCAUAUCGAGCUUUCAUCUGCAAUAGUCCCAAAGCUGGAACCAGAUCCAUCAUGACUGACUGAGAUGUUUGAUCUCCCGAGUUAUUCAAAAUCAGUUGUCCAGAUAAGCAUGUAUUCUAUUUCUCAUUGGAUUUCCAUUUAUUAUAACCUUUGUAUAAAAUAGUGAGAGAAGUGGGGGUUAUUUUUUUGGUCCAUCAACCCCUAAAAUAAGAAUAGGGGAUGGGUUAAACUUGUUUGUCAA